GGGAGUAAUUUAACAGGAAGUAACAGCCGCUGCUUCACCGAGUGCAUUCCCGGUCUGUUUGCAAAACUGGGUCAAUUUUUGACGGAUUUACCAAGAGCAGUAGAAGCUUUACUGGAGAUUUAAAGGAUUUAUUUGGAUUUACGUCAUACUGAUUACACUAAAGUCAACAGUUCUGCAUAUAGCUAGGUUACAGUUGGGUGUGAGAUUAGACUAGAGGUGGCGUCUCAGCCUCCACAAUGACGGAACAAAUGAAUGGCCCCAUGAACGGGGAUGCAAGCAAAUUCAUAGACAAUAUAGAUCCCGAUGACCCAGCUUACCAGCGAGAAAUGCAACGGCCUGCAGAGGUGAAAGAAGAUGUCACUCAGAUGGAAAGACGCAAACGUGUGUCUCUAAUUCUCAACAGUUUACAGUUUCGUGAAGAGUUAGAACACAUUGCGGUGGAGCAGCUGUCAAAGGGUCCCCACCCCAACAGCAUCCUUGCUCUGUCCUCUAUCACAGAGUUACUCCUCCCUCAAGCAAAGUUUAACCAGAGUGCCAGUCUACAAAAAGGUCUAUCGGGAGGUGGAACUAUUGUCCCUGUGAAUGACAUCAAGGGCCAGGAUGCCAAGUACUACAAUAAAGGAGAGAGACUUUUGCGCUGUAAACUAGCAGCCACCUAUAGGCUUGUAGAUCUCUAUGGAUGGACACACGGCAUCUACAACCAUAUAACAGUUCGUGUGAGCCAAGACUUAGAGCAUUUCUUGAUCAACCCUUUCGGUAUGUUGUACCAUGAGGUGACAGCAGCCUCCCUUGUAAAGGUAGACAUGCAGGGAGACAUUAUAGACCCUGGCGUGACAAACCUAGGCAUCAACACAGCUGGAUACACUCUCCACUCUGCCAUACAUCAAGCACGCCCAGAUAUCAGAGUUAUCAUUCACCUACAUACACCAGCUGCUGUCGCUGUAUCUGCCAUGAAGGAAGGUCUGAUGCCAGUGUGCCAAGAGGCAUGUAUCGUAGGGGCCUGUAGUUACCAUGAAUACAAUGGUAUCGUAGAUGGAGAUGAAGAGCGCGAUGCAAUUGCCAGAAACUUGGGAGUCACAAAUAAAGUGAUGUUCUUGCGUAACCAUGGUGUAGUGUGUUGUGGGGCUACCAUAGAGGAGGCCUGGCAUUAUGCCUUCAACCUCAUGCAUGCAUGUGAAACACAGGUUCGCUUACUUCCAAUUGGUGAAGAAAACAUAAUAAGAAUCCCUGAGGAUGUGCAACAAAAGACAAAUGAGUUUGCCAAUGUAGGAGGCGGUGGUGUUGAUACAUCAGCCAGAAAGUGGCGUUUAGGAGAGUUAGAAUUUGAAGCCCUUAUGAGGCAUUUAGAUAAUGCAGGCUUCAGAACUGGUUAUGUGUACAGAGAUCCAGUCACUAAGAUGAUGAAGAACCGAACAGCAAGUGAAGUAGAGAUUCCACCAGCAGUGACAGCUGUUGGUGAAAGUCCAUAUGAAGAUGAUAUGGAUCGUUUUACAUCUCCAAUUAAAGAUGCUCUAACUAGGCAGAAACAGCAAGGCAAGUCAGUCUGGCUUAAUUCUCCUAAUGUUUACUCUAAAGAAGAAAUUAAAGAAAUAGGAACACCUAAUCCCAAAACAAUAACUAAAUGGAAGGACACUGGUUCCCCGACCAGGGUUGGCACAGCUGUAAAAAUAGAGGGCGCUAAUGCAUUUGUCGUUCCUGGCGGAGAUACAAAAGAGCUUAAAGCUAGAACACAAGAAAUUCGUAAAGUUUUCAGUGGGGAAAAGAUCACAUCUGGACCCCAAUCUAAAGUUUUGGAAGGGACAACUUGGGAGGAGGCCAAGGAGGAUGGAACUGGUGAACUGAAACAGGGCAUUCAAAUUGGAGCUGCCUCUAAAGGUAUCAUCCAGAGAGACCACCAGCACAAUGCAGUGGUCUACAAACAAUACUAUGCUGCCAAUCCCUUUGACAACGUCACCCAGGAUGAUGUAGAGGCCUACCAGAAAGAAAUUGAGAGAAAAGCUAGAGGUGAGCCAGAGAGCCCAGAGCUAACUCCUGGCCCUGAUGGACAAUUGAUAUCUUCUGAAGAACGCCAACAACAACUUCGAGAAUCCCAACCUCAAGAAACAAACAUAGAUGACCCAGCUCCUGCUGUGAAAUUACAACGGUCUUCCUCAGACAGACGGCCUGAACAAAGCCCACAAUUGGUUAAAGAGUUGAACGACAAUUUCCAACGUUCCAAGUCAGAAAGAAAGCCUAAAAACAAGUCCAAAGCUAUAAACGGAGAUGAUGCUGGGAACAAGUCUGAUACCAUGCCAGGCAAGAGUAGCACAGAGGCGUCUCCAUCCAAGGCCGCCACGCUGCCAGCAAGUACGAGCUCUCCUCAAAAGGAGAAGAAAAAGAAGAAAAAGUUCCGCAUGCCAUCCUUUAGUAAGAAAAAAGACAAGAAAGAAACCAAUGUGUAAUAUAGACUAUAGACUACAUUUAUUAGUACAUUAACAAAUAUAUAUGAAAGAUAUACUUCAAGGAAUCUGCAUAAAGCCAGGGGCAUUUUUAUCAGCCUCGAUGUUCAAUUGUGUGAACAGUUAACAUUCACCCGUUGUUUUCGCUUCAAUGUACUGCAACAAUUUAUCAAAGAUUUGAGAAAGUUUACAAUUCAAUGAAACACAAUUAGAAGAUGGAUUGACUGAAAGAAAUAUUUGGAAUGUGUUCAAGCCGAAUGACGUCUGCUUACUCAUUUUCCAUUAUGUCAUAUAUAUAGCUUAAUUAAAAGGCAUAUGAUUUGAUGUAGUCUACGUGGUAUUUUUCAUCCAUGAAGAGACAUAUAUAAGCAUAUGUAAUGUAUAUACUAAUGUAAAGCCUUAGGUAUUUUAGCAUGGAAUGGUUGGGAUAUUUUAUAGGUCAAAAUGGAAUGUGUUUCACUAGUCUAUACUACCACAUAGAUAAUCUCAUGCAUCUCUUGCUUGUGUAAUGUCACAUUUUUAUUGAACUAAGACAGUAGAAUAGACUGCUACUAAACUGCCAGGUAUCAAAUGAUAAUGCCAUAUUAGCUGUAUUUUUUGUUUAUGCAAGUUUAUUUUAUCAUAUUGUACAGUAAUAUCUUUGAUAUACCUGUCGUCUUGAUUUUAUAAUAGACUUAAAACAUAUAGUGGUGCAAGAUAUGUUGUAGGUUUUAUGAAGCUAUCACCCCUUUUGAAAAGUGAUUCUGGUGGCCAUAUAUUGGGAUGGAGGGACAUAUACUAUUUACUAGGGGUGAUAGAAUAAUUGUGUGUUAAAAUUAAGCAGGAAUGCUUCUGUUUAUGUGAAUAUGUAUUUGUCAAUGUUCGUCAUGCCAUAUCUGUGUAUAUAAAACUGGAAAUGUGUUUAUAUAGAUAUAAAAUCAUAAUCUGUAUACUUUCUAUUUGUAAACAGCUAAAGUUUGAGACAAAUUAGUUUAGUUUUUAUUACAUCAUAGACUUUUGUAUGAUACCAUAAUAUAAAAGUGAUUUGUGAAGCUAUGGGACUUUUUCAGUGUCCCUUGCUGGGUUUCAAUCAUGUAUGAAUUCAAUUUUUUUAUGAAGCGAGUGCAUCGUUUUAGUGGGGGGAGGGGUAAGCACAUUGUACAAUAAGCUACAAUUAUUGUGGUUAUUGACAAUAACAUAUAUUCAUUCAUAUGUAGUAUUAUCAAAGGCAUCAUGUUUCAAGUUAUCAUGUUUCCAAAUCUAGUUUACUGGUAUGUGAUAGAGAGUUAUAAUAGUGGCUUGUCAAACGAAUACUGAAAUAUAGUAUAGUCGAGCCAUUGCUAAUGCCAGGAUUCCUUGUAUUUCGAUGUCAAUUUUACAAUGGUGUUCUGUACUAAAAAAAUGAUUUACGGUAUAUCCAUCAAAAUAGGCAUAUUCUCAUGUCAGAUCGUCGGUAAUGUACAUUUCCAUUGUAAAGUUGAGUUCUUAUGAAGCCUGUUAGAAAUUGGAAUGAUUAUACACAUUUUUGUUAAUACAAUCCAAUGGUUAUUUUCAUGUGUGGUAAACAAUUUUGGAAACUUGUUAAAUGAAAUCCUACAGGAUUAAAUGGCCUGCCUAGGAGAAAUGUGUUCCAUAUAGGCCUAGUUGUAUAAUACAACUUAAGGGGAAAUAAAAUAUAAUGAUUUGCCUUCAAUGCAUGGAUCUUGGUCUGAUCUGUGUACAGUGCAAUUUCAGCUGUACAGAAAUUUCAAUGUAGAUGAAUUUUCCAUAUAUGGCACAUAUAAUCAUUUGUUUCAUCUGUACAUUGAUCUAUUGUAUAAGAUUUACUUUUUACUUCCAUUUGGAGGGUUGUUGGUAUGCCAGAAUUUUAGGCCAAAAUAUAGUUAUAUUGUCUUAGUAUACUGUAUCAUUCUGGGCCUUAUAAACUUUGGUAUGAUGUGAUUUAAGAGUGCUACUUUCAAAAAUGCUUUCAGAUUUUGCAAUGAUUUCUAAUAGGUGUAGCUAGAUAGAAUAAUAACAUAUUGUACAUAUAGAGCUCUCCCAAAAGGAGGUAAAGAACUACAAGCAGAAAAUGAUGCCACCUGUAGGUGGUAUUUUGUGUUAAACUGUCUUGUCAUGGAAAUCCACAAUUUUCUUCCAACAGGGCCAAUACUCAAAAAUAAUCUAAAAACAAAAAACAAGGAAAAUAUGUUGAUAAGUGUUUGACGGUAAAGAAGAGUGUUACCAUAAAAUGGGUUUACCUUCAAACAUUUCCGACAAAUUACAUUUUUUGUUCAGAGCAUGGACUAAACCUUAGAAAUGACAUUUGUCGAGAUGUAACCAUAAUUUACAUCUCAUGAGCCAGUAGUCCACAUAUUUUCUUUGUAACACAGCUUUUGUUCCUGAAAUUGUAAGAAAAUUAUUCUAUAGAACUGUAUAUAGUCUUGACAUUUUUACACUAUUCAUAUUGGGCUUGAUGUCCAUUAAUGCCUUGAUAGAAUGGCUGAUGACCUGUAGAGGUGUAAUACCAAUUUAAUCUUCACCCACUCACGGGUACGCUACAUUCAACGUAGAGCAGGAAGAAUGUGGAGUAGAACGUAGAAAUGAAGAUACAUCAAUGUUAAGAACUAAUGAUUACAUACAUCAAUGUACAAAAUGGUUGAAUGCUUCUCUGUUCCUUGCUUUUUUAGUGAUUCAAAAAACUGUGUUAAUAAAAUGUACCAGUAUUCAAAUCAA